AUGACUGGUAUAAUGCGCUUGUCUUUCUCCAAAAGUGUUGAGACAGGUACAGGGUUUAAUGGAGAACAUAUGGAGAAAGCAAAUCAAGAAGAGGAAACUCAACCAAACCUGGAUCUGCCAGAAUCUAAACCACCAGACCAACAACUACAAGGUUUAGGUGUGACAAGAAAAGAAACGAAUAAGGAGGAGUUGCCAACUCAAGUUCCAAAUCCCAAGUCAGCAGAAAACACUUUUUGUUUGAUAAUGCCAAAAGAGAUUAGAUCAGAACCACACAUUCAGCCUGACCCAGAAGUUGAGAAAGGUACAGCUGAGCAAGAGAGACACCUAGAAGCUCACAAAGCAUUAACUUGUCAUACCAAGGAGGAGUAUGAGCAACCUGUUCUUGAGCCAAUUGCCACAGCUGAUUCACUUAUGAGUGUUUUGCAUAAUACACAGAAGCUUGAACCUGAUGGAGCUAAACAUGUGGAGCUGGAACCUGAUGGAAUUAAAGACAUAAAGCUUGAGGUUGAGGAGAAACUUGAUGUCAUGGACAAACUUGUUGCCAACCAUGAGCUUGCAGCCGAGAAGAAGCCUUUAGCUGCGCUAAUGCAACUGAUAGUCUUGGAGCUUGUUCCUUGA